CAUUUACUGAUUCUCGCCGAUAAACACUCUGGUGCUGUUUCGCCCAACUCCGUGGACACACACAAACAGCUGAUCGCGCGUACCGGUGGUCUGAUGGCCUCCCUGUACACCGGUCGAAGCAUUUCAAACGUACCCGAUCGGGACACGUGUUUGGAAAUCAGCCAGAAACUGCAGCGUGUACUCGAGGACACGUUGUUCAAGAAUUUGACCCUAAAAGUAAGUAUAUGGCGGUAUUUUAGAUUACCAUUGCCAUUUUACCACACCAACUUUCGUUGUUCACGGUUCGCAGUUGCCUUUGGUUACUUGUUCACCUAA